AUGUCUUCGCUAGUUGACGCCGUCAUUGGCUCCGACAACUUCGGCCUGGAUGCUGCAACUCCCGCAUCGGCAGCAUCCCAAACACCAAGACGUCCCCGCGUCCGAUCAUCUUCGAGACCACGAGGCCCGCCGUCUGAGAGUGCUGGCGCAAACAGCGACAUCGAAGGCUUCCCGGACGAUGAAGUGGUUGGAGCAAGGGGAACUGUCCGCCGGUCAGCAGGGCCGCGGCAAGACAUUCCUCGCGUUGUCGAUGUGACUGGAGAAGCUCUCUCGCAAAGAUUCGAAGAGUUCCUCGAGAGUUACACAGAAGAGCCUAGCUCAUCGGCCGCACCAGCCUCGAGCGUCCAGACCACCGACAAGUACUACGUUGCCCAAAUCAAUGGCAUGCGCCACUACGGCCUAUCUACCCUCUACAUCGAUUUCACGCACCUGAUGAGGCAUGAAGAUGGUGUUGUCGCGAAUGCUAUUGCGAACGAAUACUACCGCUUCUUGCCCUACAUGAUUAGAGCCCUCAACAACCUGAUCGCAAAGUACGAGCCGGAAUACUUCAGAGAGCACAGGCAGCCCAACUCAACCUCCUCUGUCGCUGCCACCUCCUCUAUCGGCGACUCUGCAGGCGACGAGUCCAAGCUGUCAAGCAAGACUCCCAACCAGCAGACCGACAAGCUCUUUUCGCUUGCGUUUUACAAUUUGCCGCUGGUUUCCCGCAUCCGACAGCUGCGGACCUCCUCGAUUGGAAAGCUCCUCUCAAUCUCCGGUACCGUUACAAGAACAUCGGAAGUCCGUCCUGAGCUAUCAUUGGCUACCUUUGUUUGCGAAGUUUGCAAUGCUGUUGUUCCCAACAUUGAGCAGACCUUCCGCUACACCGAGCCUACACAGUGCCCGAACUUGACCUGCGGUAACCGCGUCGGCUGGCGCUUGGAUAUCCGGCAAAGCACUUUUGUCGACUGGCAGAAGGUGCGCAUCCAGGAGAAUAGUUCUGAGAUCCCCACCGGCAGCAUGCCUCGGACAAUUGAUGUCAUCUUGCGUGGUGAAAUGGUCGACCGUGCGAAGGCUGGAGAGAAGUGCAUCUUCACUGGUACUGCCAUUGUUAUUCCCGAUGUCAGCCAAUUCCGCGUUCCUGGUGUUAGACCUCAAGCCACCAGGGACAACACCAAUAUGCCCAGGGGUAGCGACGUCGGUGGCAGUGGCGUCUCAGGAUUGAAGGCACUUGGCGUUAGAGAUUUAACCUACAGGAUGGCAUUCCUUGCCUGCAUGCUCACGCCCGAUACUUCCACUCCAGGUCAGAGCUCGACACAGCAGCUUCAUGGACAGGCUGGAAAUAUUCUGGCCUCCCUGAAUCAGACCGCCCCGUUGGAAGUUACGCAAACUGGCGAGGAGGCGCAGGCGGAGUAUCUUUCUACUCUUUCUCCGGCUGAGAUUGAGGAUCUCCGCAACAUGGUCCACACUAACAACAUUUUCAUGCGUUUGGUCGAUUCAAUCGCACCUAUGGUUUAUGGACACCAAGUUAUCAAGAAGGGUCUUCUUCUCCAGCUGAUGGGAGGUGUCAGCAAGAUUACUCCCGAAGGCAUGGCCCUGAGAGGUGACAUCAACAUUUGCAUUGUUGGCGAUCCCAGUACCAGCAAGUCGCAGUUCCUCAAGUACAUCUGCUCCUUCCUGCCUCGCGCUGUCUACACUUCUGGAAAAGCUUCCUCUGCGGCUGGUCUUACCGCUGCUGUGGUCAAGGACGAGGAGACGGGAGACUUUACCAUCGAAGCUGGUGCAUUGAUGCUUGCAGACAACGGAAUCUGCGCCAUCGAUGAGUUUGACAAGAUGGAUAUAGCAGACCAGGUCGCCAUUCACGAAGCCAUGGAACAACAGACGAUUUCCAUUGCCAAGGCCGGCAUCCAGGCCACUCUCAACGCCCGUACUUCUAUCCUUGCCGCAGCGAACCCCGUCGGAGGCCGCUACAACCGCAAGACAACCCUCCGGGCCAACGUCAACAUGAGCGCUCCCAUUAUGUCACGUUUCGAUCUCUUCUUUGUCGUGCUGGACGAGUGUGAGGAAAGUGUCGAUCGUCACUUGGCCGAGCACAUUGUUGGCAUCCAUCGCCUCCGUGACGACGCAGUGCAACCAGAGUUUAGCACGGAGCAGCUGCAACGCUACAUCCGCUUCGCUCGCACCUUCAAGCCUGAGUUCACCCCUGAAGCUAAACAGACUCUCGUUGAGAAGUACAAGGAGCUGCGUGCCGACGAUGCCCAGGGCGGCAUUGGCCGCAACAGCUACCGUAUCACCGUCCGUCAACUCGAGUCAAUGAUCCGUCUCAGUGAAGCCAUUGCCAAGGCCAAUUGCGUCACGGAAGUUACUCCCGAGUUUGUGCGCGAGGCAUACAACCUCCUCCGACAGUCGAUUAUCUCCGUUGAGAAGGAUGAUGUUGAGGUUGAGGACGAGGAUGAAGCUGCCGCAGCAGAUGCUGAGGCGGGUGCUGACGCGGAGAUGGGCGACGCCAACGCUGGAGAAGAGGCCGGGGCCUCUGCUUCCGCCACGCCAGCACCUCAAAGAGAGAAGAAGAAGAUCACCUAUGACCACUACAUGUCCAUCUUGAACAUGAUGGUGCGUCGGGUGAACGCAGAUGCCGCGACAGCUGAGGACGGUGUUGAGGAGGAGGAGCUGCUUGUGUGGUACCUGGAGCAGAAGGAGGCAGAGCUGGAGACGCAGAAAGACUUGGAGGAAGAAAGGGAUUUGGCAAAGAGGGUGCUGAAGAGGAUGGUCAAGGACAACAUCCUUAUGCAGAUCCGUGGUGAAGGUCUCGUAGAGGAGGGUGAGGAGCAGCAGCGUGAUGCUAGGGUGGUGUAUGUGAUGCAUCCCAACUGCGCCGUGGAGGAUAUGUAA